GGUGCGCCGGUGGGGUGCAGCGGAAGAGGGGGUCCAGGGGGGAGAACUUCGUAGCAGUCAUCCUUUUUAGGAAAAGAGGGAAAAAAUAAACCCUCCUCCACCACCUCCUUCUCCCCACCCCUCGCCGCACCACACACAGCGCGGGCUUCUCGCGCUCGGCACUGGCGGGCCGGGCGCGUCCUGCCUUCAUUUAUCAAGCAGCUUUUCGGAAAAUGCAUUUGCUGUUCGGAGUUUAAUCAGAAGAGGAUUCCCGUCCCCGUUCCCGGCUCUUCCCUCGUUCCGCCUCCCCUGUCUCUCUCUCGUGGAGGCUCGGAGCGGUCCCGUGGAUGGAGAGCCUUGUCUGUGCCCGCGCGUGUCUGUGCGUGGGUAAACUGCCGAGAAGGGGGGAAACCGCAGGACUUCUGCAAAUCCUGGACUGAGAAUUGUAAUUCAUCUGCUGCCGCCGCUGCCUUCUUUUCUCGUGCUCUUGAAAUCUGCGCUUGGGAUUCCUACGGAUUGACAUUUCUGUGAAACCCCAGAUCUGGGACUCAAUCUGGAAAUUCUUCUGAUUUUUACUCCCCUCUACUCCUGAUUCAUUUGGAAGUUUCAAAGCAGCUAUAACCGGAGAGUUCUGAAGAUUGAUGGGAUCGUUGCCUUAUGCAUUUGCUUUGGUUUGAUCAAAAAGGAAACUUGACAGAGGAUCAUGCUGUCCUUAAAAAAUACAACAUCACGGAGGAAGUAGACUGAUAUUAACAAUCUUAUUAAUAAUAAUGUGCCUCAUGAAAUAAAAAUCCGAAAGGAAUCUGAAUAAAAAUUUCCUGCAUCUCAUGCCAAGGGGAAACACCAGAAUCAAGUGUUCCGCGUGACUGAAGACACCCCCUCAUCCAAGAAUGCAAAGCACAUCCAAUAAAAUAGCUGGAUUAUAACUAUUCUUCUUUCUUUGGGGGCUGUGGGGUGGGAGCGGGGGCGAGAGGUGCAGUUGGUACCCGGCCGCUUUUCCUCGGGGGAAGGAUGGCGCACGCUGGGAGAACAGGGUAUGAUAACCGGGAGAUAGUGAUGAAGUACAUCCACUAUAAGCUGUCGCAGAGGGGCUACGAGUGGGAUGCUGGAGACGUGGGCGUUGCACCCCCCGGGGCCGCCACUGCGCCGGGCGUCUUCUCCUCCCAGCCCGGGCGCACCCCUACUCCCGCUGCGCCCCGGGACCCGGCCGCCAGGACCUCGCCCCCGGCCGCCCCCGCCGCCGCCGCCGCCGCGGAGCCUCUGCUCAGCCCGGUGCCACCUGUGGUCCACCUGACCCUCCGCCAGGCGGGCGAUGACUUCUCUCGCCGCUACCGCCGCGACUUCGCCGAGAUGUCCAGCCAGUUGCACCUGACGCCCUUCACCGCGAGAGGACGCUUUGCCACGGUGGUGGAGGAGCUCUUCAGGGAUGGGGUGAACUGGGGGAGGAUCGUGGCCUUCUUUGAGUUCGGUGGGGUCAUGUGUGUGGAGAGCGUCAACCGGGAGAUGUCGCCCCUGGUGGACAACAUCGCCCUGUGGAUGACUGAGUACCUGAACCGGCACCUGCACACCUGGAUCCAGGAUAACGGAGGCUGGGACGCCUUUGUGGAAUUGUAUGGCCCCAGCAUGCGGCCUCUGUUUGACUUCUCCUGGCUGUCUCUGAAGACCCUGCUCAGCCUGGCCCUGGUGGGAGCUUGCAUCACCCUGGGUGCCUACCUGGGCCACAAGUGAAGUCAACAGGCCUGCCACAGACCGAUAUGCAAAAGGUUCACUAAAGCAGUAGAAAUAAUAUGCAUUGUUAGUGACGUACCAUGAAUGAAGCUGUGCUCUCUUUAAAAAAUAAAACAAAAACCAACACAUACACAUACACACACAAAACAGCUUCCAGACAAAAUGUCGAAUCAGCUACUUACUGCCAAAGGGAAAUAUCAUUUAUUUUUUACAUUAUUAAGAAAAAAGAUAUAUUUAUUUAAGACAGUCCCAUCGAAACUCCUGUCUUUGGAAGCCCUACCACGAAUUGCCAAGCACCACUUUGGGUGGCUCCGCCUGGGUGUCCUGUGUGGAUAAAUACAGAUUUGUUUUCCAUGUUGUUGGCUGGACUAGCUCGGCAUCUGAAGAGCAAACACAGGGACAAAGACCUGACUGUAGGGGAAGGCGGGGAGAAGGUGUUCAUUUUACUGGAUUUCCUUGCCCUGGGGCUGUGAUGUUAAUAAAGGGAGGGUGCUGGGGGAAGCCCAUUCUUUCUGGGCCUGAAGAACAGACUCUCUGCAUAUAACUCAUGUGGUACAUACUUAGUUGGAGGAAAAAAGUUGGGAAUUUCAAAUGGAUGCGGUACCCUCCAGGAUUUCCACGCGGAAGGACAGAGAUGGGAAAAAUGCCCUUAAACCAUAGGAAAAGUAUUUUUUUAAGCUACCAAUUGUGCCGGAAAGCAUUUUAGCAAUUUAUACAGUAUCAUCCAGUACCUUAAGCCCUGGUUGUAUAUAAUCAUAUAUAUUUUGGAUAUGCCAACACUCCCCUGUCUCCUCCCCUCAAUACUGGCUCUGUCUGAGUAGGAAACAAUCCUGGGGAACUUGAGGAAGGGAGCAUUUCGGUGACUUCUUGGACAUCAGAAAGGCUACAGUUACCCAGAGCAUCGGGCCGCCAUAAGUGCCUGCUGUCAGAGACCCAGGUCUGCAGAACCUGCCUGUGUCCCAGCUCACAGGUCCUGGAAACUGGCCUGGGCACUCGCUGCCCUCCCCCAGGGCUUUAAACAGAGCAGAGUGGUCUCUGAAUGUCUGGAAGCUGACGGAGCUCAGAAUUCCACGCCAAGAAAGAGCAAUAGAGGGCCUGGGCCGGCUUCCCCGGGGCCCUCCAGGGAGGCCCGGCCUCACGUGGAACCUGGAAGCCACGGCUCUUCUUAAGACAUGUACCAUUGUGGAGGGAAGGAGCAGAGGUGCUGUGCCUUUCCUCGCAGAGGGGCAUUGGGAAGGCCAGGAAGCCACCGUGUUAAGGAAACACGGGAAAGGACAUGUGGUCGCGGCCAUUUUGAAAUGGCCACGCACAUGCGCACUGGCAAGUAGCCGGCUGGCCACCUGUGCGGCUUACAGCAAGGCUGUAAUGACUUUGGGGAGGGUCAUAAACCCUGAAGGAAGCAUUGAAAUGAGGUGUCAUGGAUUGAUUGACCUGUAGCUAUGGGAUUACAUGUAAAACAUUAUCUUGUCAUUGUAGUUUGGUUUUAUUCAAAAACCUGACAGAAAAAAAAAAAAAAAAAAAAAGAGUGCCAGGUGUGGAAUGUGGUGAUUGUAUGUCCUGGGGCAUUAAAAAAUAAAAGUAAAAGCAAAUAAAUAAAUGAAUGGUGGAAAACUAUAGACAAGUAGCAAAAGAAGUGAAAUCUUGAGCUAAUAAACUAGAAAGUAUUUUUGCAAGUUUAGAAUCAGCCUUGAGACAUUUGUGGAAUAACUUUGUGGCAUUAUCACAUUAUAUACCAUUUAUCCGUAUUAACUCUGGAAUGUACUAUAUUCAAUGUUUAAUGCUGUGGUUGAUAUUUUGAAAGCUGCUUUAAAAGAACUACAUGCAUCUCAGCGUCUUUUUUGUUAUGUAUUUAGUUAAUAGCCUCUACACUAUUUGUUGGCAAAAAUAUGAUCAUUUUCCAUUUGAGAUUUUUGUCUCUUGAUUCUUCAAAAGCAUUUCUGAGAAGGUGAGAUAAGCCCUGAAUUUCAGCUACCUGAGAAACCUUGGAUUUCAUUGGCCACUGAGGAGCUUUGUUUUAACCAAGUUAUGUGUAUUUCCAUGUCAACAGAAUUGCUUAUUGUGAUGGAUAUAUCUGUUGUCCCUUUGACCUUGUUUCUUAAAGGUUUACUUGUCCCUGGGCAAUUCAGCAUUUAACUCAUGUUACUUAGGAUUACAUGCAUGUUUGGUUAAACCCAUGAGGUUCAUUCAGUUGAAAAUCCAGAUGGGAAAUGACCAGAAGAUUAAAAUCUGGCUGUGGUGGUUUUGACCUUUAGAAAGUUGCUUUAUGUGGCCUGAAAUCAGCACAGACCCAACUAGAGCCCUUCUGCCCUCCUUCCGCAGGGGCCUUCUUCAUGGCUGUCCUUCAGGGCCUUCCUGAAAUGCAGUGGCAAUUAGCUCCACCAAAAAAGCAGGAAACCUGUGGUAGGAAGCCAGACCUCCCUGGCGGGCCUCAGGGAACAAAAUGAUCAGACCUUUGAAUGAUUCUAAUUUUUAAGCAAAUAUUAUUUUAUAAAAGGUUUACAUUGUCAAAGUGAUGAAUAUGGAAUAUCAAAUCCUGUGCUGCUAUCCUGCCAAGAUCAUUUUAAUGGAGUUGGUUUGCAGUACACUCCAAGUGGCAAGAUCCUCCAAGCUGCUUUAGAAGUUACAAUGAAGAACAUGGACAUUUUUAAUAUAAAGCUUGUUUGUCUUUUGUUGUUGUUGUUGUUGUUGUUCAAAUGGGAGUCACAGAGUAUUUGAAAAAUGUAUAUAUAAAAAAAGUUACAGGGGGGCUAACUUUUGGCUGGUUUUUUUUGACUGUGGGGUUUUGUUACAUGAUUUUAAUGGACUGGCCGCUUGAUUCUAGAACUGUACAGUAUUGUGGCUGCACUCACUUUAAGAGUAGUUAAUGUUGCAUUUUUCUUACUGUUAAAAACUUAUUAGAAGCAAUUAAUGUAUAUAAAAACCUCAACUAGUCAUUUUUUUCCUCCUUUUUUUCAUUAUUUUGCGAUUGAGCGAUAGACAGCCAUCCAUAUUUUGUGCUGAGAAGGGAUUCACACCUGAAUUCCUCCUUUUGAUGAAUGAAAAGCAAGUCCUCUGUACACAUGCCUCUCUAUGUUGGGCAGGGUCAGAGUUAAAGAGAAUUUGGGUCAGGUUUCUAAAAAGAGCCCCAAGGAGAAGAGAAUCUAAGAACUCCCUCCUUCCUCCCACACCCUUGCUGUGCAAGUCCUCUAAAGGAGAGACCAAAACAGGACCUGCCAUGUUCUACAGAAAACAGUCAUCCCAGAAGAUUUUCAGGGGCUGAGAAUUUUUGUAGUCUUCAGUUUUGGAUAAAAGCCACGUUUGGAAUUAAGGAAGCACCUUGAUUUAGUUCAAACAAAAAACCAACAUUGAUGCAGCUCACUUUUCUAUGAUACAAAUGCCUUGGAUUUCUUUAGUGAAUACUUACUGCUUACCAUCUAAAGACUUAGUUCUGGCCCAGAGGGAAAAAUUAGGGAGUGAUUAUAAAUCAAUAGCAGUUAUAAUAAUUAAGAUUAAAUGUCAGUCAUUAGGGCAAUCCCAACACAUGUCUAGAUUUCACAUCAAGAAUCUAUUGAAUGAACAAAAUUGCAAAUAGUCUACAUUUAUGGUUAAACUUAUCCUAAAAACGAAUCAUUUAUAAAUGGAAACUUAAACUAAUUCCAAUUGUACUUUUAAGGCAAUGGUUGUUUUUAUACUUUCUUAUCACUUAUGGUUAGUAAUGUACACCUACUCUAUCAGAGAAAAACAGGAAGGGCUUGAAAUAUAAACCAUCCUAAGGAAAUUAGGGAGUCAGUUGAAAUUCUAUUCUGAUCUUAUUCUGUGGUGUCUUUUGCAGCCCAAACAAAUGUGGUUACACACUUUUUAAAAAAUACAAUUCUACAUUGUCAAGGCUUAUGAAGGUUCCAAUCAGAUCUUUAUUGUUACUCAGUUUGGAUCUUUCAGGGAUUUUCUUUUUAAUUAUUAUGGCACAAAGGACAUUUGUUGCAGGGGUGGGAGGAAGGAAGAAUUUUUAAGUAAGUAAAACAUUGUCAAGUUUGGAUCAGGAGUGGAGGUUUUCAGAAUAGCCAGACUUGUAGGAUGUGAGAUACUUUAAGGAGGGUCAAAUGAGAAACAUUUGAAAUUCUGUGGUAAAACAUUUAGAUUCCAGAGACCAGCACAGCCCAAAGUACAAUGGAGUUUGGCAGUGCAGUGGUGUAUACAUUUCAGACAGGAUACAUCUCACAGGUAUUUAAAUAAUAAAUUUGCAAUUUUAACCAACAGGAUAUUUAAUGACAACCUUCUGGUUGGUAGGGACAUCUGUUUCUAAAUGCUUAUUAUGCACAAUACAGAAAAGAAAUUAAUAAAGUAAGAUUAAAGGAAACCAUUUUAAACUGAAUUGGGUUAAGUGAUAAUACAAGUCCCUCAGCCUUUACUCAAUGAAUCAUUUUGUUCCGUGUUUUUGGACAACCAUGACCUUGGACAACCAUGAAAUAUACAUCUCCCUGGGCACAAGGAAAACCACAUGGAGUAUAAACGGUAUUGCACCAGUUCGUCUGGACUACACCAGAAAAAUAAUUGAAAGCCAGCAUCUUAUCGGUAACAAGGUUGUUCUGCAUACCACGCUCGGCGCUGAAGCACUCGUGGAAGGUGGAAAGGCUAACUUAAUCGAAAAAUCCUGGACUGUUAAUAAAUAUGAUUACAGCGUAGAUCCUCAGUAACACCAUGCACUUAAGCCUUUUGGAAAAUCUGUAGUGGGCCCUCCAGAUAGCUCGUUUCAUUAAGUUUUUUCCCUCCAAGGUAGCAUUUGAAGGAGUGAUAGAAGAUUACGUUCUUUGAGGAAAACUUUCUUUUGGUGGUUGUGUUUAUUAUAUCUUCUUAAGUUUUCAACCCAGAUUUGCUUUUGUUGUGAGUUACUGGGGUUAUUUUUGUUCUCAAUAAAAUAAAUGUACAAUAAGUGUUUUUGUAUGGAAAGCUUUUGUUAUCAAGAUUUUCAUACUUUGACCUUCCAUGGUUGUGUUUAAGAUUGAUACAUUUCAGGGGUGGCUGACAUCUUGCAAUGCUACACACACAAAUACAUGGUAAGCAUACUUUACAUAGUUAAGGAAAAGUAAGACUCCACUUGGCCACAAUUAAAUAUAAUGGCACUUUGUGUUGUUGGAAAAAGUCAACAUUCCCCUUAAACUUUCCUUGUCUUUCCAGUUAAUAUUGUGAAGAAAAAUAAAGUACAGUGUGAGAUA